GGGUGCCCGUUUCAUAAAUCAUGAAUUUGCAAUAACAGUUUUAAGCUAUUGAAAUAAUUCAAUUUGACUGGCUGAUAGUGAGUUUACUUCAGAAAUUGUGCAUAAUCUGUUAUUGCAAUUCUUUAUGAAAUGGGAGCCCAGGUGGACUUUGAACGUACUACAUGUAGUUCAGAUGUCAGCAUAACAAGGCGACGUGUUUGAGGUAUAUCUGAUGACAUGCAUAGCUGCAUUCGCAUUAAAAAAACAUUUCACCCAAGAUUUUCACCAUACCUUCACACGUUCUGGUGCCGGCCUACAGCGUAGAACCAUCGAGGUCUCUUAAGCCAACCGCGUAAUGUUUUUGUUGCAUGACAAUAAACUCUUUUUGUUCAGAAUCCACGGGGGCAUCCACCAUUUUAUUUCGUGCUGCAAUAAUUCAAAUACACCACUCAUGCAUUCAUGUGUUUUGAAGCUUCAAAGAUACUUUUUUCGUUUGUAUUAGAAUAAUCGGACGUGUAAAGUCAUAGUUUAACCCUGGAGAUAUCUCCAUUAACCUGAGAUUUUGAAAUCAAGAGAAGAUUGAGUAUAGACUCUCGUUGUGGAGAGGGACCUGUGUCGAUGUACUGUAAGAGUGUGUAACAUGGUUGCAAGCGCAGUAAUAGAUUCCGAUCUGAAAAGUGAUUUGAUUGUCCUUCAGUCGAUUCUUUGAGUGGAUACACCUUUCAAAGUUGUGUAAACAAAUUCAAAGAAAGGUUUGAUCACUGCUCAUUGUUUGACCAGUAGUCAGAAAUAGAGGCCUAUUACAGCGGACUAAGAGCUGCUUGAUAUUUUCGGGAUAUUGAAUGUAUUAACAAAGUCAAUACGUGGAGACGGAGGAUGGAUAUGGGUAUAUUCCAAACUAGCAGAUUGAGAGAUGGGCUGGUGUUCGUCGCUGCUUUCCUUCUUGUGAAAUGGCUGGUGGUGGGAUCCAAAUCAAGAAGAAAGUCGGCGUUUCCUCUGCCCCCUUCGCCUCCGGGUCUCCCACUGAUCGGACAUCUUCUUAUGCUCCGUGGAGACUUUCGCCAUGUCUUCCGAGGACUGAUGGACAAGUACGGCAACAUUUUCUCGAUUCGUGUAGGACCCCAGACGAUCAUGGUGAUGAACGACAUCGAUGCGGUUAAAGAAACCUUCGUGAACCAGUCCGAUACCUUUUCAGACCGACAUAUGCCCCCUCUGCUCAAAUACGCUCUUGGUUCUGCGGGUAGUUUUGCCUUUGACAAUGGCCCUGUAUGGAAAGCUCGUCGUCGCUUUGGCUUCGGUGCUAUGAGGACGUUCGGCGUUGGGAAGUACAGCAUGGAACAACGGAUCAUCGAAGAGGCGAACGUACUUUGUGAGGUCAUCGAGAAUAACCAAGAAACCAGUUUCAACCCAAGAGAACUUAUCACCCACUCCGUAUCCAGCAUCAUCUGCGGCAUAACCUUCGGACAGAGGUUUGAUUUAAAUGAUCCAGAAUUCAAGGAAUUGAUUGGAAGAAUGCACACUGCACUGUCAACCAUCACAUUUUUCUCCGUGGGACAACUUUUCCCGUUUCUCCUACACACGCCUUUGUACUCUGACUUCCGUCAACUGGUCUUCCGGCUCAAAUCUCUGGUAACGCGCAUGGUCCGGGAACACGAGAACAGCCUCGAUGAUCAGCACAUUAGAGACAUCAUUGACCUCUACGUCUUGGAGAUUCGAGAGCAGAAAAAACGCAGAGAUGACAUCGUAUUUGAUGAGACGAGGGUGUGGCGUGGCAUCUUCGAUCUGUUUGCGGCAGGGACAGGGACCACGAGUACGACGUUGAUGUGGGCUAUUUUCUUGAUGGCAUCGCAUCCUGAUACCAUGAAGCAGGUGCAAGCUGAGAUUGAUAGCAUUAUUGGCGAUCAUCGCUCACCAUCGAUGGCAGACAGGGAGGCAAUGCCACUGACAAUGGCAACUAUCUUGGAAAUCCAGAGAUUUCGACCAGUAGCACCCCUUGGGUUUCCCAGAUUCACCAGUAGGGAUGCUGUGGUCAAAGGAUAUUCCAUUCCUAAAGGAACAGCGGUCCUCGUGAAUUUAUGGGAGCUCAUGCACAGUACAGAGUACUGGGACCAGCCUGAAAAGUUCAAACCUUCACGAUUUCUGUGUGAAGAUGGGAAGAGCAUUAUCAAACCGGAUGCAUUCAUUCCAUUUGGUACAGGGAGUCGUUCGUGCUUGGGAGAGAUAUUGGCAAAGAUGGAAAUCUUCCUGGCUUUCACGUGUCUCCUUCAAAGAUUCAACUUUUACUUGUCUGAGGAUUCACCGACAAACACUGAACCAAUACCUGGACUUGCAUUGAUACCGCCUGAUUUCCGUAUUAGAGCUGAGAAAAGAUUGUAAAAAUGUUACUUUCUGACUUUGUCGCCUCUUUCAUUCAUUCAUUCAUUCAUUUAUUCAUCCAUUAUUUCUGUCUUCUUUUCUUUCUUU